AUGAUGUCUGCACGCUUCUCAAGAGCUCUCCCCAGAGCUACCAGCUCCGUCGCCCGCUCGGCCGGCUUCGCUCGCCAGCCCUUUGCCUCAAAGUUCGCUCGCUACGAGUCAACAUCAUCUGAUGGCAAGGUCACCGGCGCCGUGAUCGGUAUCGAUCUCGGUACCACCAACUCUGCUGUCGCCAUCAUGGAGGGCAAGGUUCCCAAGAUUAUCGAGAACGCCGAGGGUGCGCGCACAACGCCUUCCGUGGUCGCCUUUGCUCAGGAUGGUGAGCGUCUCGUCGGUGUCGCCGCCAAGCGCCAGGCCGUCGUCAACCCCGAGAACACCCUCUUCGCCACCAAGCGUCUCAUCGGCCGCAAGUUCACCGACGCUGAGGUUCAGCGUGACAUCAAGGAGGUUCCCUACAAGAUCGUCCAGCACACCAACGGCGACGCCUGGGUGUCUGCUCGCGACCAGAAGUACUCUCCCUCGCAGAUUGGUGGAUUCGUCCUCAACAAGAUGAAGGAGACCGCCGAGGCCUACCUCUCCAAGCCCGUCAAGAACGCCGUCGUCACUGUUCCUGCCUACUUCAACGACUCUCAGCGUCAGGCCACCAAGGAUGCCGGUCAGAUUGCCGGCCUCAACGUCCUCCGUGUCGUCAACGAGCCCACUGCCGCCGCCCUUGCCUACGGUCUUGAGAAGGAGGAGGACCGCGUUGUCGCCGUCUACGAUCUUGGCGGUGGUACUUUCGAUAUCUCCGUCCUCGAGAUCCAGAACGGCGUCUUCGAGGUCAAGUCUACCAACGGUGACACCCACUUGGGUGGUGAGGACUUUGAUAUCCACCUCGUCCGCCACCUCGUCCAGCAGUUCAAGAAGGACUCCAACAUUGACUUGUCCAACGACCGCAUGGCCAUCCAGCGUAUCCGUGAGGCCGCCGAGAAGGCCAAGAUUGAGCUUUCCUCCUCCCUCCAGACCGACAUCAACCUGCCCUUCAUCACUGCCGACGCUUCCGGCCCCAAGCACAUCAACCAGAAGCUCACUCGCGCUCAGCUCGAGAAGAUGAUGGACCCCCUCAUCACCCGCACCAUCGACCCCGUGCGCAAGGCCCUCAAGGAUGCCAACCUCCAGGCCAAGGAUAUCCAGGAGGUCAUCCUCGUUGGUGGUAUGACUCGCAUGCCCAAGGUUUCCGAGUCCGUCAAGAGCAUCUUCGGCCGUGACCCGGCCAAGUCCGUCAACCCCGAUGAGGCUGUCGCCAUUGGUGCCGCCAUCCAGGGUGCCGUUCUCUCCGGUGAGGUCAAGGACCUUCUUCUCCUCGACGUUACUCCCCUCUCCCUCGGUAUUGAGACCCUUGGCGGUGUCUUCACCCGUCUCAUCAACCGCAACACCACCAUCCCCACCAAGAAGUCCCAGACCUUCUCCACCGCUGCCGACUUCCAGACCGCCGUCGAGAUCAAGGUCUACCAGGGUGAGCGUGAGCUCGUCCGUGACAACAAGCUCCUCGGCAACUUCCAGCUGGUUGGCAUCCCCCCUGCCCACCGUGGUGUUCCCCAGAUCGAGGUCACCUUCGACAUUGACGCCGACUCUAUCGUCCACGUCGGUGCCAAGGACAAGUCCACCAACAAGGACCAGUCCAUCACCAUUGCCUCCGGCUCCGGUCUGUCCGACUCCGAGAUUGAGCAGAUGGUCAACGACUCUGAGAAGUACGCCGAGGCCGAUAAGGAGCGCAAGGGUGCCAUUGAGGCCGCCAACCGCGCCGACUCUGUCCUGAACGACACCGAGCGCGCUCUCAACGAGUACGCCGAGAAGCUCGACAAGACCGAGGCUGACGGCAUCCGUGAGAAGAUUGCCUCCCUCCGCGAGUUCGUCUCCAAGAGCUUGGCUGGCGAGGGCAACGCCACCGCUGCCGAGAUCAAGGAGAAGACCGACGAGCUCCAGGUCGCCUCCCUCAACCUCUUUGACAAGAUGCACAAGGCCCGCGCCGAGUCUGGCGAGCAACCCGCUCAGGACGCCAACGCCGAGAACAAGGACGAGAAGAAGCCUUAA